AUGGCUCAACAAAAAUAUUCUGUGCAACAGGUCCAGGCGCACAAGUCCGAAGAUUCCUGCUGGGUUAUCCACAACAAUAACGUCUACGACGUCUCUUCCUUCGUCCAGGACCACCCCGGUGGAGAGGAAUACAUUCUCGACCAUGCAGGCGAGGACAUUUCGGACCUCAUGAGCGACAAGCUCUCCCAUGCCCACUCUGAAGGUGCAUACGAAAUGCUUGACGAGUUCCUAAUCGGCUCCCUUGACACCACCACUACCUCAACAACAGUCACUACCGCCGCUACGGCAACCUCGUCGGUAGCAACCAAGCGGAUCAACGGCAACAAGACGACUCACAGCGGAGACGAGGACGACGAGGACUAUCACAAGGAGACUGACCUUGUAGCAGACAAGAAGACAAAGUUCCUCGAUCUUAGCCAGCCGCUCCUUUAUCAGCUCUGGAACAGCGACUUCUCCAAGUCGUUCUACCUGGAGCAGGUCCACAUCCCUCGUCAUCUCAAGGGCUCCGCACGGAUCUUUGGAUCGCCCUACCUUGAGGUCUUCACCAAGACCCCAUGGUUUGUGAUUCCCAUCUUUUGGUUGCCCAUCAUCGCCUACAACUUUCACCGGAGUCUUGAGACCGGUCUGACGACGGACACUGCGGCCUAUUACUUCUUCAGCGGAAUGUUCAUCUGGACGCUGGCAGAAUAUGUCAUUCACCGGUUCUUAUUCCACCUGGAUGAUUUCUUGCCGGAUUCGACCUUCUGGCUCACCGCCCACUUCCUCCUCCACGGCAUUCACCACUAUCUCCCCAUGGACAGACUGCGACUUGUCAUGCCACCAGCACUCGCCGUUGCGCUCGCCGUCCCUCUUUUCAAACUUGGACAUAGCAUCUUUGCCGCCCCUCAGGCUUAUGCUGUCAUGUCGGGCGCCUUCAUGGGAUAUGUGCUCUACGACAUGACACACUACUACCUCCACCACGCCAAGGUCUUCAAGAUUCACUUCAAGGAAAUGAAGACCUACCAUCUUGCCCACCACUACAAGAACUUUGAGGGCGGAUACGGUAUCACUUCCAAGAUCUGGGAUCGGGUAUUCAACACCGAGCUCAAGCUCUAA